GGGUUCCCUGCUGGUGAAAGGAGAGCGAGGACCCCCUGGUGACUCAGGUCCCUCUGGUAACCCAGGAGACAGAGGUCCUGGCGGGGCCCCGGGCUUCGGACCUCAAGGGUCUACAGGAGACAAAGGUGUCCAAGGAGUCUCCGGAAGAUCUGGAGGGCCCGGUGCCCCCGGUACUAAAGGUGAACCCGGUCUAGCGAUUGCAGAGAAAGGAUCAUCAGGGUCACCAGGACUGGACGGCUCUCCAGGACUGCCCGGAUCACAAGGUAACCCCGGUGGGCCCGGACAGAACGGUUUCCCGGGAUCACCGGGAAUGAAGGGAGACCCUGGACUUCCUGGCAUCGGACUCCCAGGAUCCCCAGGAGUAAAAGGAUUCCCAGGUAUUCCCGGUCAGAACGGACCUUCAGCAGGACCAGGAAGACCCGGAGUGGACGGACUUCCUGGCCAGCCUGGAUUCCCUGGAUCUAAGGGUGAGCCUGGUUUUGGUCUCCCCGGCCCCCCCGGUCUCCCAGGAGUCCCUGGAUCUAAAGGCUUCACCGGAGUAAAGGGAGACCCCGGCUUCUCUGGAGGCCCCGGCUCUCCUGGAAGAUCUGGAUCUGAUGGCGGUCCUGGAUCCAAAGGUGACCCUGGAACACCUGGAAUACCUGGAGCUCGCGGCCCACCUGGAUCCCCCACCACGGGCUCUCUGGGGCAGCCCGGCCCCCCCGGACCCUCCGGACCAAUGGGAUCACCAG